AAUCCGACGAUCUUGCUUUACCUUUCUAUACUUGUUUAUAUAAAUUUCUUGCAUCUAAAAACACUCUGUGUUUUGACUAAGAGGGAUGCCAAUGAAUUAAAGGAUGUCAGCUGAUGUUCUGCAGAAACCAUCUCAAGUGGGUUUUAAUUUUCCAAGCUUGAAUCAACCAGUCUCUGUUCCUCAGCGGGUGAUGGCUGGGCCAGACAGUGGACCAGCUCCUCAUAAAAUGAACCAACUACAAUUUAAUCUUGGAGGGCCAACAUCUGCUGAUCAGUUUACAACAAGGUUUAGAAAACCCCAACCUAUCAUUAUAGAGAAAUUAGGUGACCAGAAUCGAACAGCACAAUUAUUAUCUCAAAGCAGCACAACUACACCUGUUGUUUAUCCUGUUGUGCCUUCAGUGUCCUCCUCUAUCACAAGUGACCGACUUGCACUUGCAGUUCAUCUGGCCAAGAAAGAUGUUAGAAAGGUUAAAGAAAUUGGAACUGAGAAUGUUUUAGUUUCACAGGAAGAAGAGACAAAGAAAAGGCAUUUUGCAUCCGCAGGCAAAGAUUCGGGUGCUGGAAAAAAGAAUAGGGUAAAAGGUAUGAAAUCUAAAUCCCAAGCGGCGAUAUCGGAAGAUAAAACUACCUUACGUGAAAGGGUUCACAGUACUGUGAAGAAACAAGAGGCAGAAGCAAGGAAGCAGUAUAAAAUGUACUUUUAUCCAGCUGCAAGGGAAGAUGAUGAAUAUGAAUCAGAUGGGGAAAGGACACAAGCUAAUGAAAUCAGAAAACUCCGAAAGGAGCUCCAUCAAUAUAUGAAACAAAUGGAAAGUUUGAAAGAUGAAAGACCACAAAUCUUGAAGAACAAAGACAAAAGGUUAAAGAAAAGGAAAGAGGGUGAAGGAAGGCUUGGAGAUGAAGAUGUAGAUGAGCGGCAAGUAGUGAGGGCCGAAGAACAAGCCGCCAGAUCAGCAAGGAUGCUUUAUGUACUUCAGAGACAGGUGUGUGAAAUUGAAGAUGAGUUAAACAAGAAGAAAAGAGGGAUAAAGCAUACAAAAAAGAGCCAGACCCUUAGCCGCUUGGCAGCAGCACAUAGGGGAGCAGUAAGAGCAUUGCAGACAUUUGUCAGCCAGGCCCCUCUCCAGCCCAAGGUUGGCCAUGGCUUGCCACCAAUGUACCAAGAACUGUCUGCCCUCAUCAGACAGUUGUCACUUUUGGCAGCGCAGUUGCACAUUAAUGGGGAAGAUUUCUCUGGUGAGGCAAAGAGAGAAAAAGAUCACGAUGAAAAGGUUCAGUUCCACUCAAAAGAUGAGCCUGGCAAAGAAGAGGUUGUGUCAAGAGCAAUUUACAAAACUCCAGAAAAAGCCAGUGCAUUUAUCCAGGAAGUAGCUGACAGAAAGCCUUGGGGAACAAUCAAACCAAGAUCUCCUCCAAAACAAGUUGUGACAAGUUCUCCUGACCCCACCCCUGAAAGAGAUGCUGUUCUGCAAGCCGGGCUUUCUGCACUCCUGAGAGUGAAGGACACUCCAGUUCAGACACCUGUGGUAAAACCAAAGUUUCAACCAAGACCUGCUGUUCAAGUGGAAAAACCAGUCAAACAGGCUUCAAAGAAAUCAUUGUUGUUACCUGCUAAACUAAAGCUUCAGCGUCAGAAAGCCUUUCAGACAGCCAAAAGAGUUAAACUGCAUCAUGAUGUAGAUCAAGCUCACUUUGCCAAAGGAACUGUUGCCUCCAUUUUGAAAAAGGCUCCUCCAGUAGUGGGGCAUCAGCCAGUGGCCCAAACUAGGACACCACCCAGGGCACCUACAUGGGAAGGCCCUCAUACUCCUGAGAGAGUGCAUUAUCAAGGUUUACACAGUCUGUCUCCUAGGUCACACAGAAGGCAAUGUGAAACUCAGAAGCUCCAAAGUCCAAGAAGUCCAAAGUAUGCUCGCAGAAUUCUUCCAACUGACUUGGAGCUGAUAGAAAGAGAGGUGGCCAGGCAAAGAUGGCUUGACGAAGAGGCAGAACGAAGGAUACGUGAUUUGGAACGAGAGCGAAGACUUGAGGUUAUGCAACGACAUCGAAGAAGUCCAGAUGUUUUACUUCCAAAGCGAUUGAUAUCUGAGACAGAAGACGCCAUUAGAUCUCGACUGAAACCGCUACUGGAUCGAGCAGAGGCGAUAGCGGAGACAGAGGCGAAGAGAGAAGCAGGACAAAAGAAAUCGUUACAGCAUCAGCUUGGGAAACUUGCCUCGCAGACAACUCUGAACCAAGCUGAUGUCUUGGCCGAAAAAGUUCUCGAUGACAUUUUAGAGGAUACAGUUCUUGAAAUGCAAAGAUUAGAGUUAGAAGAUGACGUUCAAAGGCAAGCCGAUAAUUUACAAAACAGUUCUACCUUAGAAAAUAUUCUUCAGAGACUUCAGAGUUUCGAGAAAGCCGAAGAGGAAAUAAGACAACACUGGGUCCAAGUGAAUUAUGCAGAUGUUGAAAAAUCAACUGAAAAUCUCCCCACUGGGAAAAGCACUCAACCAGCUAAGGAUCCUAAACCAAUCAUGUUCACCAGGGCUGUGGAAACCGAAAGCCACCGACUGUUACCGGGAAACGCCCGAGCACCUCCCGACGACGAUAGACCAGGUGUCAGCGAGCCAUUCAGACUGUUGAAUGAAAUUAGUGCAACCAGUAGCUUUUCCUCCCUAAUGGAAGAACGCUCCUUCGCUCAAAGUUCCAUUUACAAAAGAUCUCAAAAUAGCUCAGCCCCACAAAGUCGACCCCUCACUUCUGGCACCCAACCUACAGUGUUCCUAAGUGUGCCAAAGGAAAUGAGAGCUAGUAUAGUGUCUUAUAGGAACCGAUUCAACAAAUAUCUUCAGGACACUUCUACUCACGAAGAAGGAACGUUUGACCCGUGGGGACUGGUAAACAGGAUAAGUGAGGAGUUGUUAGAAGAAGCUUUACAAGAAGUUGGUCAUGAACUAGACAAUGUAUGUGAUGUCUACGCCGAGGCUUUGUAUAACCAGGAAUUUGUCUCGGUCAGCUCAGACGCGUGAUCAAUGUCUUCCUUGAUAUCUAGGACUGUUAUUAUCGAGCAACAAUGCAGCUUAUUUAAAUCUGACUUCAACUGCGAUGGCAACUGUUUAUGUAAGGAUCGCUGCUAUAUUAUUGGCUCAAUAAACUACAACCAACUAUCAAUGAAAUGAACGAAGCCGUUCUAGUUUCACCCUGUUUCCAGCACUUAAUGCCCUGCAAAUCCCCUUU